AUGACUUCACUUUUUAACCUACAGGUUGACGCACCGUCAUUAAGACAAUUUGAUAAUGGGAAGGUGUUCCUGCCAGCCGAUGACGUCAAACUUAAAGAUAUGACGACAGUGGAAAUGGUGGACAUGUUCUGGAAGUACAUUAACACAUUACAAGUGCUGUGUAGAAAUCAAACACGGGUUGGGUCUUUAAAGGAUGGAGGAAAAGAAGUGUGUAUAGACGAGCAAUAUAAGCCUCGCGUUCCAUGCCUCGUGUAUUCGUUCGGGCAAGUGUCUAAUUUUCAGUUUGACUUUGAGAUGGAUAUUGUGAAGAAAUUUGGAUGUGAAGUGCACACGUUUGAUCCAAGUCGAGAAAUAACGAGUAAAGUGAAAAUUCCAAGCGAGAUUAAUUAUCAUCUGGUCGGGUUAUAUGACAGCAACACUAUUAUAAAGGAUGGUUGGAAAGUGAACAACCUGUCAAAUAUAAGGAAAGAACUUCAUCAUGAAAGAAGAGUUGUAGAUAUUCUAAAGAUAGACGUAGAAGGUGCUGAAUGGCAGGCACUUCCGGCCAUGUUCAAGUCGGGAGUUCUAAAAUACGUCAAACAAAUUUGUAUUGAAAUACAUUUCGGCCAGUGUAAGCCUGGGGGCAAAAUAUUUGGUGGCGUAUCAAUACAACACCAGCUCAGUACAUUACGGCAACUUUAUUUGCACGGUUUUCACAUAUUUAUCCAUGAACAUAAUCUUAAAGCAUUAGACAAACUAAGGUUCAAUUAUGAAGGAAUAACGUCAGUUAAUGAAAUAUCUUUAAUUAAUGUGAAAUGGAAUAUAAAUGGCGAUUAGGGAAAUCAGUUUUGCAAAGAAAAGUGAAAAUUUGAGGUUGAUUAACAACAUUUAUUUUAAUCGAAGCUUUCAAGAAACUGAACACAUUUUUU